AUGGUUUUAGCCACUUUGAAGACAGAUAUCAAGGUGACUGCUGAACCAAUCACGCCCGAGCGCUUUGCUCGGUACGGAGGCGUGAUUUCGUCUGCCCACCAGCUUGCCUCAGUCAAGUCUGAGAGUGCCAACUACGGUACGGCCGUCAAGCUGUUUAAAGUGUCUCCUAUUGGGAGCACUUUUGAAAACGCUCCAAGUGGAAAGAGAGCCACGUGCAAUUGGAACAUGUUCAGAUGCUCGCCCCCCAACCAUCUUAUUGAAGAGGGCGAAAAUGGCGUCAAGAAGUACACUUCCAAGGUGCUUGAGAGACACCCGUUUUCGACCCAGACGUUUGUUCCUAUGGGUCGCAGCAGAAACGACGUCGCCUACCUGGUUAUUGUUGCUCCUACCGCGUCAGAUGGGCUGCCCGAUCUAUCGGGGCUAGAGGCUUUCAUCGUCAAAGGAGACCAGGCGGUCACUUACGGAGCAGGCACCUGGCAUGCCCCCAUGGUCGCUUUAGGAGAUGUUGUUGAUUUCGCCGUCCUUAUUCACGAAAACGGAGUAGCUAAUGAGGACUGCCAGGAGGUCUACUUGGACACUGCUUUGGUUGAGUUUUCGGAGAACCCCGAAACCGUCCCCGCACUUUCAACGAACCACGCUAAUGGCAAAGUCCGCCAGAGAAAAGGCCAAUCUGAGGAGGCGUGGCAAAAGGAACUAGAUAAUUUCCACGAAUCGGGCCCUAUUAAUCAGUCUGCUACCUAUUUUGACGGACCAGUCGAUAUGAACGUACAAGGCAAGUUAGAUAUGAACCGUAUCAAGUACGCUGCUGAGAAGCAGUAUUACCUACGCAAUUAUGCGCAGGCAGUUCGCAUAAUCGAGGCCAAUGCUGCCAAAGUCAAAGGCAAACUGGCGCACGAUCUCGAGAUCAUUCGUCGUGCAGCUCGAGCCCGUUUCUGA